GACUGGUGCCACCGCUCGUCCCCGCGGCGAGCUGCGCGGCCCACUUCCUGGUGGCGGGGAUGGCGCGGCCGGCUGCUGCCCUGCCGCUCCUCUGCCUGCUUCUCUGCCUCUGGCGGCUGGCGGCGGCGCCGCCGCCCCCCCCGCACCUGGUGUUCGUGCUGGCCGACGACCUGGGCUGGGGCGACGUGGGCUGGCACGGCUCGGCUAUCCGCACGCCGCGGCUGGACGCCCUGGGGGCAGGCGGUGUGCGGCUGGAGCGGUACUAUACCCAGCCACUCUGCACCCCUUCCCGCAGCCAGCUCCUCAGCGGCCGAUACCAGAUCCAUACAGGUUUACAACACCAGAUCAUUUGGCCGUGCCAGCCGAGCUGUGUGCCGCUGGAUGAGAAACUCCUCCCAGAGAUGCUUCAAGAGGCAGGAUAUGUUACUCACAUGGUGGGGAAGUGGCACUUAGGGAUGUACAGAAAGGAAUGCCUUCCAACUCGCCGAGGAUUUGACACUUACUUCGGCUAUCUUCUGGGGAGUGAGGAUUAUUAUUCUCAUGACCGUUGUGUCCUCAUCAAAGCAAAGAACAUAACACGCUGUGCUCUGGACCUUCGAGAUGGAGAAGAAGUUGCAACUGGGUUUAAAAACGUCUACUCCACUAAUUUAUUCACAGAACGAGCUAUAGAUCUUAUAGCCAAUCACAAAACUGAGAAGCCCCUCUUUCUCUACCUCGCUUUCCAGUCUGUCCAUGAACCUCUCCAGGUCCCUGAAGAAUACAUGAAACCAUAUUCUUCUAUUAAAGAUGCAAAGAGGCGUCAUUACGCAGGGAUGGUGACUCUUAUGGAUGAAGCCGUAGGAAACAUUACCGAUGCUCUGAAAAGAUAUGGUCUUUGGGACAACACAGUUCUUAUUUUCUCUACAGAUAAUGGAGGACAGACUUUGGCAGGUGGGAAUAACUGGCCGCUAAGAGGAAGAAAAUGGACCCUCUGGGAAGGAGGAGUGAGAGGAGUAGGCUUUGUUGCAAGCCCUCUACUGAAAAGAAAAGGUGUUGAAAGUCAUGAACUCAUCCAUAUUUCUGACUGGCUGCCAACACUGGUGCACCUUGCUGGAGGACAUACCAAUGGCACUAAGCCUUUAGAUGGCUUUGAUGUUUGGAAAGCUAUAAGUGAAGGAAGACCUUCCCCCAGAGUGGAACUGCUGCACAACAUAGACCCCAUGUUUGUCGAUGAUUUCCCAUGUCUUGGCAUUGACAACAGGACACAUUUACCACAGAGCAGUUCUUCUCCAUGGGACAAUACACUUUUCAAUAUAUCCAUGCACGCAGCAGUCCGACGCGGAAAAUGGAAGUUACUGACUGGAUAUCCAGGCUGCAGUCAUUGGUUCCCUCCACCAUCUUUGUUCAAUGAGUCAAAGAUUCAGUCAUCUGAUCCACCAACAAAGAGACUUUGGCUAUUUGAUAUUGUUCAUGAUCCUGAAGAGAAAAAUGAUUUGUCUGAAAAAUACCCUCAUGUGGUGGAAAAACUGCUUUCACGGCUUCAGUAUUAUUAUAAACGUUCAGUGCCUGUGUUCUACCCUGAUGAGGAUCCCCACUGUGAUCCAGCAGCAACUGGGGCUUGGGGUCCUUGGGCAUAGUGCACAGUACUGCAUCCUGCAAAACAGUCCUGCAGCAGAGCCUGGUUUAUGAACUCAAGGUCCUAGCACAUAUGUCUUAUCUUGUUGUGAUGAUUUGGAAGUUACCCACCCCCGCACACAAUAAAAUCACCCAGACUAGACUCAGACGGCUGGAAGUUAAGGAAUGAAGCUAUUAAUACAGCUUAGCACAAUUUACAAGAAUAUAUAUAGACAAAUAUUUACAGUUGUAUACAAGUUAAAAGUAAUACAGAAAUGCAAUACCCCUCCCAGAAAUCCAAGUCUCCAAGAGGCUUCCGACCCGAAUCUUCUCCCCUGCCUUUCCCUCCCUACAGAAAUACCAGAUCAAUUCCCAUGUAUGUCAUGCGAUAAAUCUGGAGAGAUCUGAGGUGAAAUGUCAAAAAAAGACAACAAGAAGGUUAGAAGAAAUAAAGGGUUAGGUCAGAUUAGAGUUAAGGCAGAGGCAACCACAAAGACUGCCAGAGAGAGAAGGAGAGCAGAACAGAGAGCUGAGAAGUGUGUGAGAAGUGAGUGUCUUAUCUAUGUUUUGACUAGUUGCAUUUCUCAGCAGAAGAAUGAGUUAUAUAGGGUACUAUUGUUUUUUUUUCUUUCAUCUAACAACUAAAGAUUUAAUUUUUCUCAGUAAAAUAUUCCAAGUAGCCUCCAACCAUCACACUUGUUUAUUAAACUGUUGUUGACUGUGAGCUCAUUCCUUUAGUAAUGCAGUAUUUCUUCUCUUAAAAUUUGUUGGGGAUCUUAUUUCAGUCUUUUCCUACCCUCUCAUUUACAGUAAUUGUACAUGAAAUGUUGACAAAAUUAUAAAUCAUUUGUUCAAAUA